CGCUCUAGUUGAGGUUGAGCGAAGUGCUGGUUGAGCUUUAACAUCAGAUGGGAUUGUCACACAUGGCGGUUCGUAGCCGUUUGGUGUUGACUUAAGUACUUGGUUUAAUUCCUGUACUAGUAUUGCAGUCCGUUCAUUCUUUUGGCAACCGACUUUAGCUUCCAGAGUGCGGCAAAAGCAGCUGUUGAAAACGGAUCGCUCGUGCUUAAUACACUGCUCUCUCACCAGCGGUCCGACAUUUUCUUUUUUAUAUAAAUGUCGAAUCGAGUGCUGAAGAAGCUCCAAGGCGUCAAUGAAAUUGGAAAACUUGAUGCUCAAUCGGAAACAGAAGAUGAGGCACCCAAUGUGGCUGUCAGUGAUGCUCGAAAGAGCAGGCAAGCGGCUGCCAACCGUUUUGAGCUGCUCACUGGACUGUCAGCAGAGCUAUCUCUCUCAGACACAGCCAAAGAGGAUGAUGACCGAGAGAAUGAGCCACCACCUGCUCAGGCUGCGACAGGAGAGGUUCCCCACGAGAGCAUGCUGCUUGCAGAUGAGGUACCGAGGAGCAAACUGGAGAAGCAGGACUCCACACAGAGCACUGACAGCCUUAAACGUCGCAAGAAAAAAAAGAAAAAGAAGAAGCAGCUGAACAGUCAGCACAGCCACGAGGACAGGUUACACCACAAUCAGGAGGACGAAGUAGCAGCCAGCGUGCGGGAGGUAAACCGAAUGCUUGGGGAGCCUGAGAAUCUGCCUCACGUUGCCGCUGUUACUACCACUGUCUGUGGGCCUACACGGGCAGAGAAGAGCCUACUUUCAGUAGAUCAGCGUAACCUCAACCCUGAGAAUGAGAUGCGAAGAAUCUUUGGCUCCAGAGUUGUCCAGUCUGAGCAAGCAAAACGACGAGGAAGAGGACGUGUCUAUGGCCGAACAACUGUCUUGGUGCCUGGCAGGAACUGGCACCACAUUGGAAAGCCUGGAAUAACCAUGGAGCUCCUGGAGACGCGAGGUGAUGUGCACUUCUUCACUUUUGAACAUUCAAAAUCCUACCAGGCAAUCCAGUUUCAAUUCUUGGAUGCAGUAGAAACAUUCAACCCAGACAACAUAGUGGCAUUACUGAACCAGCACCCAUAUCAUGUAGAUUCACUGAUUCAGUUCAGUGAUGUUUGCAAGAUGAGUGAGGACCUUCAAAUGGCUGCUGAGCUUAUAGAGCGGGCGCUCUAUUGCUUGGAGUCGUGCUUUCACACGCUCUUCAAUGUCACACAAGGGAAUUGCCGGCUGGACUAUCGCCGCAGUGAGAACAGAUCAUUCUUUUUGGCUCUCUUCAAGCAUUUAAACUUCGUUGGGCAGCGUGGCUGCUCACGGACUGCGCUUGAAUUCUGCAAGCUACUUCUGGGGCUUGACCCAGACAAUGACCCGCUAUGUGUGACGCUCCUUCUGGACUACUAUGCUAUCCGUGCGGAGCAGUACCAGUACCUGGUGCGGCUGUAUCGUGAGUGGGAUGGUGAACGCAACCUAUGCCAAUUGCCGAAUUUUGCCUUCUCUGUGCCGCUGGCCCUCUUCCACAUGGCACGGGCAGGUGCCGGUGAAGACACCAUGUCAUCUGAUGAGCUAGAAGCAGACAAAAUGCUGCAAGAAUCGCUGAUCAUGUUCCCUGGUGUACUCUUAUCGCUCCUGGACAAGUGUGGUGUGCAGCCGGACAGUGAAGUAGCCAAGCACACAUUCUUUUCUGCCACAGCACAGGCACAGCAGCCCGCUGCUCUCAACCAGCUGCAGUGUCUCUUUGUUGGACGUAACUAUGUGCUCUGGAAAGAACCAGAGGUGCUGGCAUGGCUGGAGCGCAAUGUCCGUGCUGUUCUUAAGCGUGUGGAUCAAGGGGACCCCUUGGUGGCUUCUUCAGCAGAGAAGAGAGCGAAACGUUACCAGGGUGCACCACGCAACCUCUGCCGUCACAUCAUUCUUUCAAACAUCCAGGAAGCCAGCGUGACGCUACCUCAGGAAUUGUCGAACUCUCCCAUCUUUGGCUUCGACCCUCUGCCACCAGUUGAUGCUAUUGUGAGCUACACACGCCCACCAAGAACACAGCAAGUAGGAGACGAGAGCAUGAUGGGGGCCUUCUUUCGAUCACUCUUGCCAAGCUUUAAUUUGCCUCAGGAGGUGGUGGGCAUCGACGUGCGGAAUCCUAUGGUGCUGGUGGAGCCUGAGCCAGCCGAGCACGGUGCAGCAGGUGCUGCGGGGGCAGACGGGGCCAAUGGCGAUGCAGGCGACCUGCGCCGAAGUGUCACGUCGCUGCUGGAGGCCAUGCGUGACCUCCUCAGCAACAUCCACCUGCCCUCGGAUGUGCCAAAUGACGGUGACGUGGACAGCGAUGACGAGCAUGAGGACUAAUGAGCAGCAGGGGCUGAACCAGCCCAGCAAUUGCCUCCAUUUCUUUUUUAAAUUUUGUGACCAUGUGUCGUGACUAUGUGAUGCUGACUGGUAAUGUUUUGCCAAAGGCACGUAUUUGUAAAUUGGACUGGCUGAUGGGAUGGCAGGUUGCUAAAGCUGCUUAUGAGAAAACAGCUUGUAGCUCAACAAACAUCCAGCCAACUUUUGAUGGCCAUCAGUUUUCACACUGCAUACUUUUGCCUACGUUGUUGGGUUUAUAUUAUUCCAGUGAAAGGAUGGCACAGUGCUGAAACUUUUCUAACAUUUUUUCAGCAGUGGCCUUUAUAGCUGCUGAACCUUUGAAUUGUGGCACUUGUUUGAAUGUUGCUUCAUUGGCUGCAUUUUGUCUGUGAAACACAAAUCUGUUAUCUUCUGAUCACAAAAUUUGAUUAAGGCUGUCGGAUAUGGGCAACUAUGCCCAUAUUUUGUAUGUAAUACGGCAUUACAGUGAGGUCACUAAAGUUUUUCUGCACUCCAUCGCUGAGAUGUUACUUCUAUAUAAGGUAACAACACUGCUUUGAAGAGGAUGCAGAUGUGUUCUCUGUUUGCCUUGGUGACAAACUCUAGGACUGCUUUUUCUCAUUCUACCCCCAUUUUUGUUUCUUUAAUCUGAAGGAUAAUUUAUCACUUAUAUCCUUUACCAAGUUAUUUAUGUUCUUAAAAAAAAAAGCUGUUUGAGUGUUUACAAGGGCUAGGACCAACCUUUUUUUUUAUGACAGCUAUGUGGAGCUGGUGUUUAGGGGAGUUUAUAUGUUUAUAAGGUGAUGCCUAUUACUGAGUAGCUUUGUUCUGAAUGUUACCGAUUGGAAAUGAACAGGUGAUGCCUUUAAGCGAGUAGCUUUGUUGUGAAUGUCACCGGUUUGAAGGAAACAGAGUGGGCUGCCUCUCUGGAAGAACGGUUCAAGUGAAACUUCUUUUGUGCUGUUGCCAGGCCUUCUGCUGUUGCCAGGCCUUAUGCUGUCCUCAGCUUGGACCAUUCAUAGCUUGUAUCAAGACACUUGCUUUCACAGUAGUUCUUGCAGGAAGCUCUUUCAAGUUCUGAUAAAUGGCCUUGUAUUUUGAAUUCUGUUGAAGUAUAUUGUUUGCAUUGUUUCAGAGUGCAUUGUCAGCACAGCUGAGAUUUAUGUACAUGGCUGUGUGCAACUAUAGUAGCUGUUUGGCAGAAGUCUUUGUGUGUUGUGAUUUUGUUGAGGUUCUUAGCUCAAUUAGAAAUACCCCCUUCCAUGACAUUUGUGCACUUUAGCCAGAUGUUUUAGGCCUGUCUCGACGUAAAUGUAACGAAAUAUGUUCAUGUUUUAAAUAUGUGUAUGUAUGGUGACUAUUAUAGUUGGUCUUGCUCACUGGUAAAUGUACACCAUGGUUCCGUGGGGCCCUUGAUACCAUUCACUUUUGAGCCUGCCUUGAGUGUCUGGCGUUUAUCAUAAACAUGCACUGUUCUUGAGCUUGCCUGGAGUGUUGAGUAUUUAGUGUGAACACAUACAUGUAGCAGUGUGCACAUCAGGUCUUCUCCAUCAUGAUCUGAAUUCUUGAAUUAAUUUUUACUUAUUAUGCACUGCUUUUCUUUUUCUGAUUAAAUGCCUGUUUGGUGACUCUGACAUCAGCUCAAAACCAUAACUUGUCAAGCAUUCUGCUUAAUGGUCUGGGCCACUGUACAUUGCAAUGUCUAGAGUUAUAUCAACAUAGGCAUAGAAUAGCCAGAAAGCAACAGCAUCUUGUCAAUUUUCACUUAUGUUAGUGUCUGCCAGCAACAAAAUGUUCUUGCUUCAAGCAAUAGUGAGCAGCAAGUCCAUUUUCAGUUCGCAUUGGAACUUAGGCACAAAGAACUUGCCUCUUGACCUGCUUCGAACGAAGGCUGUAAACCGCCAUACUUCAGCAAGUGUCCUUCAUUUGCCUUGACAAGAAAAAAAAAAGUGGAAAAUGUCAUUGCAAUAACAACAUCAGUGUGUGAAAAUGUGAAAUCACUUAUAUUAACCUUGCAGUCUAGUUUGUUCACUCCUGCAGAGCGUUCCGAGUAAUAUGCAAGAUUCAACUUGAUGAAUUUAUAUCAGCAUUAGUGUUGUAAAAAUUGUUUUCCUGCUACCUUCUUGAGCAUUUAUAAAUGAACAUGCAAAUCCAGUUGAAAAGUGCAUAGAGCCGUAGGAGAUUAUGACACUGCUGCAUUUUUGGCACUGUGGUAGGAAGAGUCGGUAGAUAACGUUGCAUCUUUGGGCUCGUUAGCAAUGCAGUGUGCGCCGAGCUUUACCUUUGUGGAAUAUGAGUGCUGCUGCACUGUUAUUUUGUCGUGGUGGCUUUAGUUGACAUUUUGAUUGUGGCAUGAUGCUUUUUGCCCAUGUACUUUAAGUACCACAGUCAAACUGGCAUGGCUCAAAAGUACUUAGGCUGUUUGUGCAUGAUGAACUAGGAAGAAGGCGAAGGGGCAGCGUCCCUGAAUGAGGAUCAUAAGUGCAAGAUCUUCCUUCAUUUUCUGCAUUUCUGUGUUGCACAUUUGGCAGAACUUCAUGUGUGCCCACUAAACUACAUUUGUAAGUGAUGGUAGAAGAGCAGGUUGUGCCUUAGAAACAUGUUUUUUUUCCCCCACAGCUGUUGCACUGCUGUCGGUAAAGUGGUCUUAAGUCAGCACAGGCCAGAACAUUAAGCUCUGCGAAAGCGAACACAUGUAAAUUGCAUUUGAUAGAAAAGGCUUUGUGCACGUUAUGCAGCCAGAAAAGCCUGCCAAGACAUCUAUUAUGCAUGGGAUGAAUGUUGGGUUUUCAUAUUAGGCCAUAUCAAGCAUAAGUGCUCAUAUAUUACCAAUUAGGCUGUUGCCAUUGCAUUUUGCAGACAGCUAUGUCUGGUAAGCUAACACUAAGAUAUUUCAUAUGCAUGUUAUUCUUUCAGGAAGCUAUGCAGAGCAGUUGCCAUGUAAUACUAUGUUUAUAUGCUUCCACUGUCUUGGAAUACAAUUCAGUAAGACUGGAAAAUUAGCUAGUGUCUCAUGAACACAAAAAAAAGCUGCGUAACCAAAAUUGAUCAGUGGCAACAUGUGAUUCAGAGGCUUUCUGAUAUCCAAUGUUAGGAUAAUUAAGAAAAUUGCCUCUUUAAUGUUUUUCUUACUUUACAAUAUUGCUUAUCUCUUCUCCAAUCCUCUCCCCCUCUCCCUUUUGCAUUUAUACAUAGCAUAAUGUGCUUUCGUUGUUAUAUGUUCUGUCCAAUUUAAACAUUCUUGAAGCCGAAAUGGCUGAAAUGUUUUGCAAGUGGUGGUCAUGGUUUCCAAACUGGUACGGGGUUAAGAAACUGUUGUAGAUGCACUGUUGCAAAGAUAUCUGCCAUCUGUCGUUUAUUGUGCUUUAUUUGUCAUUGUAACCCAUGCCUUUGCACCCAGCCUGGGUGCUGCUUUUCUAGUACAGGGUUUGCAGUGCUUGCCUUGCUGUUGCGAGCUGUGUUAUGAUACAGUCACCUACGCCUCCUUGUUUUGGAUAUAUUUUUCUGUUAUAAUGUGCUGUGCAGUCCACGUUAUGCAGGAAACGCUUCCCCACAUAUUGCAAUCUCUUGGUAUGCACAUUGCUGUGGCUCUUUCGCAGCCCAUCUUUGUAAUGUACCUACCCUUAGUGUUGAUGGCCUUCCUGCACCAUGUGGUGCAUCUGUACUGUCAGCGCCAAAGGUUUAUGUGCUGUGGAGUCUUGCAAAGGAUCUAAAUUUCAGCAGGCAAUAAGCCUAGAAUUAGAGCUUGCAUAUGUUGUUUUUUCAAGGAGUGCUAGCUACAUCUCUGAUGUACAGUGGCGCUGUGGAAAUUGACUAUUUUCAUGUAUACUGCAUCUAGUAAAAUUUUGGCACCAAUAGUACAUCUCAACAGUGCUCAACAAAAGUUUCAGUCACAAGAACCUUUGGAGUUCUCUCAAGGUCUAUGUCUAAUCAUGUGCAGCUGCCCGCUUAUCAGUAAUGCACAUCAACUUUGUAAUUGUCACUAAAAUAUGGGCUGUCAGUCAUCAGGUUUAGGCUUUGGUAUCGAAAAAGUCCUAGGUUGGUAUUUAAGGGUAUCGCCACCUUUCACCAAAAUGUUUGAUUUUGAUUUUAAAAUUAUUAUUACAUGUCGAUCUUUGAAAAGAUGGUUUCAAAGGCAAGUGUGCUAGACAGUGAAAAAGAUGAAAACUUUAUAUAUAUAUAUAUAUAUAUAUAUAUUGUUACACUAACUGCAACUGGAGCGCACAAGCAGGAAGCGAUUUGGUACUAACAUAGCAAAAAAACAAACAUGCUGUGCACUGAAUUAAAUGUAUGCCAUCAAAUUAGUGUAACUGUGUUAUAGCCAAAAAACUAAAGAGUGGCAAAGCUUUAAAGGGAGCAUCAUAGCAUUAAAAAGUAAUGUUUUCAUUUAUCGUAUUUCAUUGCACAGCCUAAUGUGUAAGUAGGGUUCUUGGUGUUCGGUUACUAUUCUUCAAAAAUUUCUGCGUACAUCUUGCAGUCUUCAUUUCCAUCCCAAAAUUUGGUGUUUUUCAGUUAAUAUACUUUUAUAGAAUAACUUUUACUAACCUUUCUCAGUGGAUAUUUUGCAUCGAGCUUAUUGGUUUUAUUUUUGUGUGAAUAUCUGGUUCACUAAUUUUGUUGAUGCUAAAACUUGCUGUUACACUGCAGCUCCUGCUCUGAAACACAAACACUAUUGUCGUAUUGAACAUGCAGAACAGUGAAGUUUGCGACAAGCAGUCUAGCAAGGGCACAGUGCCAUUAGGCUAUGUGACUAGCAUAAAUUAAGAGUGAGUGCAUUUGGUAUACAGGCACAAGUAGAACGAUGCUUUAUUUGUAACACUAUGCAAGUACAGGGCUUCAAUGAAUCUUUCAGAAAAAAAAAAUGAGUAGGUGGAUAGGAGCCCGCGUCACUAUCACCGAACUUGCCCAACUCACCCGCCGCAGUGACUACAGUGUGAAAACUGCAGGGACCCAGGCACUCCAGUCCCGUGUGUAAUCCCACAUUGUUUUCAUUGCAGUGACAGGCAAAACAGAUGCAAAUAAGAAAAAGCAAAGAUUGCUUGGGUGGCUAGCCGAUGCAUGACCUUGACUUUGCCAGGCUGCUUGCAUCAGAGUGCAUGUAGGUUCGCAGCUGCAAUGCCUCAAAUCACUGUCUUAGCUGUGGCAAAAAGAUCCAGUUAAAACCGAAUUACAGAAAAAAAAAAAAGGAAAUUCAACAUACUUUUCUGGUUCAAACUGAAAACAGUGAGCCCUAUGUGUAAGGAAGAAGCAUGCAAAGUUUAAUCAAAAAUUGUAUAUUCAUGAUAAAGUUAUCAGUGCUUAAGUAACAUGAAAUUGCAGAAAAAAAAAUUUUUUUUAAAGGAUGCUUUUCAGACACUGUACAGCUGCAUUUGCCUAGCAGUUUGUAAAUUGUCGAUAACUUGUUAACAAAGCAACAUAGAAAUGUAAUAUGUUCCGUAACACAUUCUUUAAAUAUCUGGGGUUCUCAAAAUGCCCGAAAUGUAAAAUUGGCUUUUUUAAAGAAAACAAUGAAUUUCCAAAGGUGGUGACAUACCAUAAGCAUAUUUCCCUAUGCUUCUUGAAGCAUAACUUUAUAUUGUAGCUUCUAUUGUAAGACUGAACAAAUUGUCGGGUUGUCCAUAUUACAAGUAAUAUAAUUGACAUGGCAUUCGCCAGAUAUAGACGCAAGUCAUUUGCAAGCUAGCCAUAUUCUGUUUCAUGACCAUGCUAGUUACAUGAGCAGGCCACAUGUACAAGCUUUUGUUUUUCUAUUUACCCAUGUAUAAGUUGUACUUGGAAUGGAAAACUAAAUUUGUAAGUGUUUGUAAGUGUACUUUCAGUUACCUUUAGCAAGCAUUUUUGAAUGGUAUGAAAACUUGUAAUAAAACCUCAGUUACUGAGCAGGCACAAGUGCUGAUGUGUCUCGUGGCUGCACUGUGUACUUUUUUUCUUUGUUCUUUUUGCUUUUCACCUGGAUGGCAUGAGCCCAAGCAUAAUUUUAUCUUGAACGUACGUCUAUACCAUAUGUGUAUAUAACAGAGACAUGUGCAACAUGUUUGCCUGUCCUUUUGAGGAGGAGUUUUUAAAUGUGCUUUUGCACAGUGUGUUUGAAGUUAUGUGUGACGUCUAGUCUCUGCUACACAUGCAGUCAAAUUUCAACUGCUCACACUGCAUCAUUGCCGGGUGCAUUUAUGAACACAUGCAAGUCUAAAAGGGCUCGAAAGUUUUGACUGUUGUUUUGUGAGUCAGCUUUAGACACAGUAUGUCACUAGUUAAACAAAGUGCAAUUGGCUUGAAUAAGAGAGUAAGUUCAUAUCAUUCCAGCAUAAUGAAAGCCUUCUUUGUGUUGGGCAGUACUUGAUAAAGUUUCGUUUAUCAUUUCUGCAAAAAGUGAGUCUCAAAUCUUAAAGCAUUGGAUGAAAAGAUAUUCAGUUGGGCUGAAACACUGUUAAUGGGCCUUAGUUCUUAAUGAAAACAUGCUUAGCUAUUGACUGUUCCAUGGUAUUUUGUUUUUUCACAUAUGAUGGUCAUGUUGUGGUAGCUACCAUUGUAUAGACUGGUUCAAUUUAGUAGGUGAAAGGUGCAGUACUUUUGUUGUUUGGUUUUUGAAGCAUUUGGCUAAAAUUAUACAUGUCUGAGUAUUUUACACCAGUAAAAACGUAGCUGAUUAUAUAGGAAAGCUUAAAUGAACAAAUUUCGAGCAGUGUCUCAGAGUGUCUUGUAGCAGUGGUUGUCUUUUGCAACCUGUGAAGUUUGAACAAUGUGGGCCAGUAAAUUUUUAUACUGGUCUUUGCCAUGCUGUGCCCCCGUGCUUCUGUAAUUGGGGCUUGCAAUCACUGUACAACCAGCCAUUAUCUUGGCUUGCUCCAGUAAUUAAAGCACUUCCUUGGUGUCCUUGAAAAAAAAGAAAUACUGGAUCGGUGAAAUUCCUCGGCAUGUUUCAGCAACUCUACUUUGCUUCAGUGCAUUCGAUAUGUGUGUAAUGAAGCAGUUUGUCCUCAAUGUUUGGCUACUGUUGUAACGGCCACACCAGAAUACCUUGCUUCUAUAUUGUGCCGGACGAUCCGUUUUAUGACCAGUGCUUGCGCAGUGCAGAUAAAAUUCAUUUCCGUUCCAUACCCUCAUCUUUGGAUAAAGUGGUGGAAUGCAUGUCAUGCUGCGCAUAUUCUUGCAACCUUUACAACCAUGAAGCAAAGAUUUUCCAUUUGUACAUAACUGUAUAUGUUCAAUGUUCUUGGUCUUGCCAUCUUUGGAAGUGUGCAUUCUUUUUAUGAAUAUUUUUACUUUGCCUUGAGUAGGGGAUGUUUAUGACCAUUUUGUGCACAUUGCACAGCUGCUGAAUAGUCACUCAGAUUUGUACCACCUGGUUUUUGUUGACAUUGGUGCACUUGCAAUACUAGCUGUAGUUAUCGGCAUGGAUUUCUUAUGUGUUGUCAGUUUGUUAAAGAGCAAGAAAUAAAAGGAUAAAAAUUCAUGCCCCCAUA